UGCAGAUAAAGCAGACGAAAAACUACACAGGCGAUCUACCGUCCGGAUGGGCAUCCGAGUAGUUCAAAGGGCUUUCGCUCCUCCUUCCCCUAACCUAUACGUGCCUGGCGGGACUGGCAAAACGUGCAGGGAAAAAGCAAAAAUGAACAAAAAAACGCUGCUCUUCGGCUGCAAAAGUGUCCCUGUACAAAUUAAAAACCCAACGAUGGAGAACGAUCAAGUUAUAUCCAGGUCCGCCGAGACUGUGGCAAACACCGAAACUUCGAUAAACGAUAAAAAUUGGCUUCACGUACAAAAAACCGGUGUCUUUGCUGAUCCCACGAUAUUUCAAAAUACUACAAGCUUGACAGUGCCAUCUCCUACAAUCACCCAAGUCAGACGAAAAUCGAUCCUCAGAAUAGGCGAUAAUCCAGAUGAAGAAAGAUGCAGUAGUCCGGCUAGGGUAUCGUUCGAAGGUAAGAAGAUACUCAAUGGCAAUACAGAUGAAGACAAACACAGCCACGAAGAUAACAAGGAAGAAAAAGAUAGGAGUGGGGACAAUGGAAUUGAUAAGCAGGAUGAGGAAGAUCGGCGCAUCGCGGAACAUUACCAUUCUUUAUGCGGCAGUCAACGACCCAGUCUAGCGGCCUUCCUGGCUGAAGUACCUGCCCCCAAGGCGGUGGCCGAGAAGUUUUACAUGCUCAGCGACGGCAAGGUCACGUUGACCGCCGCCCUAGACAAGGCUAUCUAUGCUCACGGCGAAGAUAUCAAGGUUACCGUGAACAUCAAGAAUGGGAGCAGUAAGACUGUGAAAAGGAUAAAGGUUUUUGUAGUCCAGCACGUAGAUGUUUGCAUGUUCUCCAAUGGAAAAUUUAAAAACGUCGUAGCAAUGAUGUCUCCGAAAGAAGAUUGUCCAGUGCUUGCUGGUACUACGUUCGACAAGACCUACACAAUGAUGCCGAUGAAGAGCUCCACCAAAAACUGGAUAGCCCUUGAGGAAUCUUACAACCGAUCUGGCACUAGUUUAGCUUCCACGGUUGUAUCAGUGACCAAUCCGGAUGACCGCAACGUCUUCGCAAUCUACGUCUCCUACUAUGUCAAAGUGAAAAUCACCGUGAGUCUGAUGGGCGGCGAGCUGAACCUAAAACUACCCUUCACCCUGAUGCACACCUGCGCGGAACACGAACUGGCCGAGGCUGUCACAGGCGUUGCCGACAAAGGGGCGAGACCGGAGGUAGGCGGAGCAAAGGGCGUCGGAGCGGCGGAACCUGAAACGCAGGAUGGAGAUGCCGAAACGGAGGGCGUGAUCAAGCCGGAGAAGGACGGCACGUGAGACAUAGCGGAAAAGGUAUUCGUAGAAAUAAACAAAGAACCCCCAGACAAACCAGGAGAAAACGAGAUCACCAUACACGUACCAGACAUGCCUGACGACAAGCAUUCAGACAUCCAAGACCAAACCAAAAAACAGGGAACGAAGGCCGCGGAAAAAUUCGACGAAAUUCUGACCAUCAAAAGAGAGGAACCGGAAGAAAACAAGCCCCGGGAUCCAUGCCAAAAUGGGAAACGGAAAGAGGAUAUAGAAGACGAGGAAUUGAAGCAUAAGGGGUUCAGCUUGCAAAGAGCUUGGUGCUGUCUUCGAGGAAGAAGGACCUCAUAACGAUCGAUAUUUCUGUUACUUUUUUUCAGAACUCCCGUACCAUAAGAUAUUGCGAUCUAAGGUUAUUGUUUUAAUGAAGCUGACAAAAAUCACACUUUCAAGCCUUAAGGUAUUUGCCCACUAUACUAGAAUCAUACUGGGAUUGUACGCAUUACGUAACGUGUAUGAUGACAUUUGGUAAACGCACCUUUUCAGUAUAACUGUUAACAUAAAUUAAAAAAUGACUAAUUCUUUACAUCGUUUUUGUGAUGCAUCUAUCGAAAAGAACGCUAAAACACCAAAAAUUACGUUACGUUCAUAACACGAUUCUAGUAUAAUCCUAGGUGAUUGAGUAUUAUUGUAGGUGAAGACAUAUCGGCUUCAAAACUGCACCUAAACUACAGAAUUCUCACUAAUGAUUCAAUGUCUUGAAUAGCUGUUAUAAGAGAGGAGAUUUUUAAAUGAAACUUCUAGUACCAUAGGGUGCAUCCUACAAAAAACUAUUGGAAUAAAAAAGUUUAUGUAUACUCUCUGUUUCAACUAAGUACCACGAUUUUUUUCAUAACACGAAAUAUGUAUAUAUGCAAAAGAAAAGAAAAUUAGCAUUUUGGUUUUUAUUAAAGGCUAUCAUAUUUUUAGUUCCAAGUAUACUGGUUAUCUCUUAUAAAAAAUGCAAAAUACAGUUUACAUUCAAAUGACACUUUUAAUUUUUUUAAAUAAAAAAAAGGCUACGUAGAGAUUUGGUAUCGAACCUUUUAUAAUGCCUAUGGUAGUUAAAUUACUACCUGUAGCCACGUAGUUAUGUAAGAUAUUUUAAGAUAUGAUUAAAAUAUUUUUUCGUGUGCCUUCCCUUGAUCAAAACUCAUUUCUGUUUGUCCCAAUCAGAUUUUGCACAAAACGGUACAAGCAAAUAAUGUCCAGAAAAAAUAUUUUUUGUAAUACCAUGCGACUUGAUAUAAUUGUCGGUCUAUUUUGAACAUAUCAGAUGUAAUAUUCACAGCUUGUAAAUAGAGCAAAUAUUUAAUCAAAGUACAUACUAUGCAUCCUCACAAAGACUAGACAUGAAAAGAAAGUAUUUUGAACUUGACUGAAUCCUGUAUAUAAAAUGAAUAUGAUUAAUAUUAGCAAAGUAAUAUUAAUUAAAUGUAUGUUUAGGUUAACAGCAUCUCUGUCAAUUUUGAUAUUUUAUGUCCUUACAGCUAGAUUUAAGUUAUGUGGCCUGUGUAAAUAAUUUUGUAACAAUU